UCCACCCUCCACUCCCCUGUCCCUUGGUGACUCAUCCCCGAGCUUCCCAAGGAAGCCCCCACCCUCUGCCCUUUCCUCCCGCCUUCCAUGAGUGGAAAAUCCACCUCCACCCCCUAUAGCAGGCCAGCCCCCUUCCUCCCCAGUCUCCCACCCCAUCCCCCCACCGACCAAUUUCCUCUCCAGGACCAGGGAGCAAUCACAGCUGCCCCGACCUUGGCUUCCUCUGCUGGGUGGGAUUGGGGGCUGGGCCCCCAAAUGGGCCCCUGGCUUCCCCCUUCCUCUGGGCAGGGGACAGAGAGGCACAGGCUCGGGGAGCAGGACUGACUUCCUCUUGUCCCGGAAUGAGCAUGCCUGCCCUUUGCAAGCAGGUUUGGGUCUCACGCAGAGGAAACCAAAAGCAGUAAGAGGGAGGGAAGGCAGAGCAACCAAUCAAGGGCAGGGUGAGACUCAAAACGAGCGGGCUCCCUGGGGAGCCAGACAGAGGCUAGGGGUGAUGGCGGAGCUACAGCAGCUGCAGGAGUUUGAGAUCCCCACGGGCCGGGAGGCUCUGAGGGGCAACCACAGUGCCCUGCUGCGGGUUGCUGACUACUGCGAGGACAACUAUGUGCAGGCCACAGACAAGCGGAAGGCGCUGGAGGAGACCAUGGCCUUCACUACCCAGGCACUGGCCAGUGUGGCCUACCAGGUGGGCAACCUGGCCGGGCACACACUGCGCAUGUUGGACCUGCAGGGGGCCGCCCUGCGGCAGGUGGAAGCCCGUGUAAGCACGCUGGGCCAGAUGGUGAACAUGCACAUGGAGAAGGUGGCCCGAAGGGAGAUCGGCACCUUAGCCACUGUCCAGCGGCUGCCCCCGGGCCAGAAGGUCAUCGCCCCAGAGAGCCUACCCCCUCUCACGCCCUACUGCAGGAGACCCCUCAACUUUGGCUGCCUGGACGACAUUGGCCAUGGGAUCAAGGACCUCAGCACGCAGCUGUCAAGGACAGGCACCCUGUCUCGAAAGAGCAUCAAGGCCCCUGCCACACCCGCCUCCGCCACAUUGGGGAGACCACCCCGGAUUCCCGAGCCAGUGCACCUCCCGGUGGUACCCGACGGCAGACUCUCCGCCGCCUCCUCCGCCUCUUCCCUGGCCUCGGCAGGCAGCGCCGAAGGUGUCGGUGGGGCCUCCAUGCCCAAGGGGCAGGCAGCACCUCCAGCCCCACCUCUCCCCAACUCCUUGGACCCACCUCCUCCACCAGCAGCCGUCGAGGUGUUCCAGCGGCCUCCCCCGCUAGAGGAGUUGUCCCCACCCCCACUGGACGAAGAGCUGCCCCUGCCACUGGACCUGCCUCCUCCUCCACCCCUGGAUGGAGAUGAAUUAGGGCUGCCUCCACCCCCACCAGGCUUUGGGCCUGAUGAGCCCAGCUGGGUGCCUGCCUCAUACUUGGAGAAAGUGGUGACACUGUACCCAUACAUCGGCCAGAAGGACAAUGAGCUCUCCUUCUCUGAGGGCACUGUCAUCUGUGUCACUCGCCGCUACUCCGAUGGCUGGUGCGAGGGCAUCAGCUCAGAGGGGACUGGAUUCUUCCCCGGAAACUAUGUGGAGCCCAGCUGCUGACAGCCCAGGGCUCUCUGGGCAGCUGAUGCCUGCACUGAGUGGGUUUCAUGAGCCCCAGCUCCAGUCACGGCUGGACUGGGUCUGCCCAGCUCUUGGGCUGUGAGCUGUGUUCUGUCCCUCUUCCCAUCGUGGAGGGAAGGGGUCCUGCGGAGAGAGAACUUACCCAGAGGCCUGUUGCAGAUGGGGAAGAGCUGGAAACCAAGAAGUUAGUCAACAGAGGACCCCUACUCCAUGCAGGGCAGGGUCUCCUGCUGCAAGUCCCAACUUUGAAUAAAAUGGAUGACGUCCUGUGACUGCCCCACGGAGAUAAGGGGCCAGGAGGGAUUGAAAGGCAUCCCAAUUCUAAGGCUGCUGCUAAUUACAGCCCCCAACCUCCAACCCACCAGCUGCCCCAGAAGCAGCAUCUUCCCAUUCCCUCAGUACCCACAAAGUGCAGCCCACAUUGGACCCCAGACACCCCUCUGCAGCCAUUGACUGCAACUUGUUCUUUUGCCCAUUG